GUCUUUCAGCUUCUACAAUUUUAACAAAAUCCUGGGGCUGAAGGGGCGCCUUUCUCUCUGCUGCGAAUGCGAGUAAGAACAGCCUCAGGUCAGAGGUCUUCUAAAAUUUAGAAGGGGUUCCAUUUCGUUGCUUCUGUGGUUUCCGCCCAUGAUUGAUAUGUCCUAAGCUACGCGAAAGCUUUCAGGAUCUCCGCAAGCAUUGCACGAUUGAAGCCCCGCUGCAAGGAGGUCCAUUGAGCAAAUCAGCUGGUGGGCAUAUUGGAGAUGCCUGCUUUCAGCACUGUCCGUGCUCAAGCAGGAAGGCUGACAAUAUAUGGAGAUUCCGCAUUGAGAAACACCAAUGAAACUAGAUGGCAUGCCAACAAUGUGGACCCUCUGCUUGCAACGAACCACAGAAGGGUUUUGUCUGGUUGUCACUCUUCUAUAGGGCGGGCUCAUCGGUCGGCUUACCAGAAAUCGCAGCAUUCGUUGGCUUGGGGCCAGGCGAAGGCUAAGCGACAGGGGCUGCCACUACACUCCAUACCGUCAAAGUUUGAUGGAAGUCAGGCUCCAGAAGCUUUCAACUAUCAGGGAACUGAAAGUCGGGGAGAUGAAAUCCCUGACUCUAAUGUGCUGGUCGGGCCACCUCCAGUAGAGUUCAAGCGCCCGGCAGACAUUGAGUACCUCCAGGAGCUUCUUGCCAUCCAGCAAUCAGGCCCGAAGGCUAUUGGAUUCUUUGGGACAAGAAACAUGGGCUUCAUGCAUCAGCAGCUGAUUGAGAUCCUGAGCUAUGCCAUGGUUCUCACAUCGAACCACAUUUUCACCUCUGGAGCCACGGGGACAAACGCGGCUGUUAUAAGGGGUGCAUUGCGGGCUGAAAAACCGGAUCUCCUGACCGUGGUCCUACCACAAAGUCUUUCCAAACAGCCCCCAGAAAGCCAGGAACUCCUGAAACAGGUCAAAAACCUCAUCGAAACCCCUCAUAACGAUCAUCUGCAGUUGAUAGAAGCCAGUAGGUUAUGCAAUCGGAACAUCAUCAGCAAGGUGCAGCAGAUUAUAUGCUUUGCGUUUCACGACAGUCACUUGCUUAUGGAGACUUGUCAAGAAGCCAAAGACAUGCGGAAGAUUGUCACUCUUCUCUACUUGGAUUGAUGCGGAUGCAUACUUGUAGAUCAAGACCGUUGCUGGCCACUGUUCACACUAGGGGUUGGUCUGCUGACGCUGUUGAAACGAACUUUCUGGCUAGUUACUGCCCCAGCAACUGUGUUUGUUAGGCUGCAGGCCCUGUGUCAAAAUUAGCGUCCAGCAUGAAAGAAUUCGUUUGUCGUUGCACACCUUGAUCAAUCUCACAUAUGCACAGGCAGUCGAAACAUGCUUUUCCUGUACUAGUUGAUAGAGUCGAUUGGCACAUAGUUUGAUUCGUGUGUCUUGUCAUCGCAAAUAAUGCGGUCUCGGUGUAUGAAGCCUUUGCUUUUGAUGGCUCGUCGGUUU